CCGCCAUAACAAAGUUGUGUUUUGUUUUGGAUCUAUGGGGGUUCGCCUUGUUUUUUUCUUGCCUUGUGUGUGGUCGUGGUAUCGUAUAGGUAUUUACAAUAACUAUUAGCAUUGCUUGCACAUUCGUGCUGUAAUAAUUCUCAAGAAUAUUUAAAACAAAUGUAAAUAAUUUCAAAAGUGAUACUGUAUCAAGAACAUUAAAAAUGGGUCUACAGGAACGAAGUUGCAAAAUCUUGCAACUAUCUGAUUGUGCCAUGAUGUAUAUUUUAUCCAAUUUGGACGCAACUUCUCUUUUCCAGCUUAGCAGGACUUGUCAUUACUUUAAAAACAUUGUGGAAGACCCCAAACUCUGGGAAUUCAUUGAAGCCCGAAAGGAGCCAAACAGUACCAAAAAGGUGCAGUAUGUCUGUGACAGGAUUCACGACAGGACUACGCACAUUCUAAUGAGAGCUGAAAGUAGAUAUGAUGGUGUUAUACCUCAGGACACUUUGUUGGGCUUGAACCAGCUUCAAAAUCUUCGGGUUUUAGCUUUGGAAAAUCAACGCAUUGAUGGCAAAAAUAUUAAUUUGCAAAGAUUUCCACGAACCUUGGUGGAGUUGAGUUUGAAAAAAAGCUAUGUUAGAAAUGGGAAGCAAUUUUUCCAUGGUUCCUUUAUGGCAAUGAGCAAUCUAAGGGUUCUAAUCUUAGACGAAUGUGAUUGGUUGGACAGUAACUUUUUUAUAUCAAUAGCCAAAUAUCCAAAUUUGGAAAUACUUUCCAUUAUAAAAUGUAUGAGACUCCACUUCAAUGUACUUCCAUAUCUCAGCAUUGCAAGACAUGCCUGUAAACAAUUGAAAAUCAUCGACUGCAGAUUUAACACCAUAAGUAAUGAGGUCUUGAUGCAAGCGAGUAGAUCAGUAAUGGCUCUAUACUUUCAAAGCAUGUCCUCUCAUAAACUAGAUACUGGUGUCAAAUUGAUGAGACUCCCUCAAGUGGAACAAGCAGAUGAGAGGGCUGUGAGUAUACGAAACGAGAGCUUAUAUCAAUUUCAGUUUUUAACUGGACACAAUAUUGAAGAAUUGCCUCAAAGCCUUUUAUACCAGGAUCCAUAUCCAGAGUGUUCUUGUAAAUGGAAGAAUGAUGUUAAAAACAAAAAAGAAGCUGAUGAAGCUAAGGGACCAUGGCCAGUAGACGAUUAUAUUGAUUUCGAUAUUCCUCCUACAAAAUUUAUUUGCCGCAGACACAUGAAAGAUUUGAAAAAACUUCCCAAGAAUUUUAAAAAUUUCUUUUACGAUAAUCAAAAGAAAUUUUAUCCUUCUCAGUCAGAGGACUCCAACUCGGACGAUGACAGUGAUUCUGAAGACAAUGAUAGAGAAUGUUGUAUGUUUGGGGUAGGCAAAACACAGCAAAUGAUCGUUUUGAAAGUUCGUGAGGCUGAUGAACAAGGAAAUUUGCCCCAACCAGAGGUAAUCAACCUCUUUGAUGUCAAUGAUGCAAAUCGAUUUGAUGUUAAUCCUCCACCACGAGCAAGUAGCCCCCAACCAGGUCCGUCGACCUCAGGAACUAACCGACAAGCACCCAAAAGAAAAGCAGAAGAUGAACCAGGACCCAGCAGCAGUAGUUCAAGUGACCAACAAAAAAAGCAAAAACUACCACCAGAAGCAGGAGCUAGCACUAGCAGUUCUAAUAUGGCUGAGCCUUCACCCUCACGCCCAACAUCAGUAUUCCGUCGUUCUGUUGUUAAUACGGGACCUACGUCAUGGUCAAGACUUGUUACUCUUAAUGAACGAGUUGUGUUCCCAGUAAGAGCACCUUACUCAAUCCAAGUACAUCACCGAACGGCUGAUAGAUUUGAUCAUAUUAUGGAACAGAUAAGACAAAGAAUUUAUUUCAGGUAUUAUGAAAAAAUUCCUCAGGACGCCAACAAAACUAGAUUGCGUCGCCUCUCGUUGAGAGGCUACAGAGCAAUUACAGAUGAAGCUUUAAUAUCCAUAAGAAAUCUCAACUUGGACUUAUUAGAUGUCACUUAUACCAGGGUGACUAAAGAAGGUAUUUCAAAUUUCCUCGUUUGGAAUCCUAACUGUAGGGUUCUACAUCCGGACUAUUGCGUUUGUAAACCCAGGAUUCCUUGCUAAAGCAAGAAGGCUGAAAUAUGUAUUUGUAAAUACAUACAUAUAUUAUUUCCAAAUUUAUGCAAUUAUAGUAUUAGUUUAAUGGAUAGUAUCCAUUUGCUUGAAAAGUUUAUUCAGUAGGGAAUUAAUUAUUAUUAGCUUCUAUUGAGUUUUCAAUCUAUAAGAAGGAUUGAAUUGUUAAUUUAUCACUUUACAAGUGAUAUUGAUAAUAUGUACCUAUAUAAUAUUAUUUUCAAAUUUAUUAUUAUGGGUAUUAUAAUAUUAGUUUAAUGGAUUGUAUUUAUUUGCUCAGUUCCUUCAAAAGGGAAUUUAUAUUUGCUUCUAUUUCACUUUUAAUUAUAUAUUACAAAAAUUGAUUUGUUUAUUUAUUACUUUACAAGUGACAUCUUGUACUUAUUUAAAUUUAAAAUAUAUCUAAGGUUUGUACAUGCAAAAAUUAGUAGUUUCAUUUAUUCUUUAAACUUAAAUCCCAGUCUUUUGAGGUCUUCUUUUGCUUCAAGAAUUUC